AUGACUGACACCUAUGACCUUCGCUGGAAAGUUCUUCUCCUCGGCGACUCUACAGUAGGCAAGACAAACAUCGUCAACCAAUUCACACAAGCCCAAUUCGAUGCAGAGUCCAAGCCAACCCUGGGUGUCAAGCCCACCAAUAAAAUCGUCCAAGUGGGCUCCGACGCUGUCAAGGUUAACAUCUGGGAUACCGCUGGCCUGGAACGAUACCGUGCCUCUGUGAACUACUACCAUGAUGCAGUCGCUGUGCUGAUCGUCUAUGACGUUACAAACCGCAAGAGCUUUGACAAUGCUGCUCGCUGGCUUCAAGAGAUUCGCACGCACGGUGAGCCUGGCAUUACCGUUAUGCUUGUAGGCAACAAGAGUGAUUUGGGCAAUCUGAGAGUUGUAGAGACUCAGAGGGCUGUUAGGACUGAGGAAGCUUCUCUGUUUGCUCGUGAAAACAAGAUACCCUUUGCUGAGAUAUCCGCCAAGUACGCAAGCCAGGUUGAGACAACCUUUCAGACUCUUUUCAACAAUAUCAGGAAGAAGAUUUCUGCAGGCUCGUCGUAA